GCCCUUGGGGCCGAGGCGCAGCGGUGCUUGAUGCCACCCGGUGACGUCACUCAGAUGACGCCAGGAGUGUGACGCCAGGCGCGUGACGCCAGGGGCGCGCCGGUGGCGGGGGGUGGCUGGGCCGGGGCCGUCGGCGCUUAUGGAGGACGAGGACUGCCCCGACCUGGUCCCGAUAGGCGCCGACGGCGCGGAGCAGAGCGAUGCCGGCCCCGACAGCAAGAUCCCCGUGACGAUCAUCACGGGGUACUUAGGAGCUGGAAAAACAACUCUUCUCAAUUACAUACUGACAGAGCAGCAUAAUAAAAGAAUAGCAGUUAUCCUGAAUGAAUUUGGAGAAGGAAGUGCCUUGGAGAAAUCUUUGGCAAUCAGUCAAGGGGGAGAACUCUAUGAAGAAUGGCUGGAGCUCAGAAAUGGCUGCUUGUGCUGUUCAGUAAAGGACAAUGGUGUGAAAGCAAUUGAGAACCUGAUGCAAAGGAGAGGAAAAUUUGACUAUAUAUUGUUAGAAACAACUGGUUUGGCAGAUCCAGGAGCUGUGGCCUCCAUGUUUUGGGUUGAUUCUGAGCUGGGAAGUGACAUCUAUCUUGAUGGUAUAGUGUCUGUUGUUGAUGCAAAGCAUGGAUUGCAGCAUUUGACAGAGGAGAAACCAGAAGGCCUUAUUAAUGAAGCAUCUCGGCAGAUUGCAUUAGCUGAUCUUAUAAUCAUCAAUAAAACAGAUUUGGUUUCAGAGGAAGAAUUGAAUAAAGUCAGAACAUCUGUGAGGUCAAUAAAUGGACUUGUUAAAAUUCUAGAGACACAAAGAUCAAGAGUUGAUCUUUCUAAUGUCUUGGACCUACAUGCUUUUGACAGUUUAUCUGGAGUAAGUUUGCAGAAAAAGCUUGAGCAUGUAAAGACAACACAUGCACAUCUAGAUAAGGCUAUAAUUACAGUAACAUUUGAAGUGCCAGGAAAUAUAAAAGAAGAAAACUUAAAUCUCUUUAUUCAGAAUCUCCUGUGGGAGAAGGAUGUGAAAGAUAAGACUGGAUGCACCAUGGAUGUCAUAAGACUGAAGGGACUGGUAUCUAUUCAAGGCAAAUCUCAUCAAGUGAUAGUCCAAGGUGUCCAUGAGCUCUAUGACCUAGAAGAGACUUCAGUAGCCUGGAAGGAAGAUGAAAAGAGAACAAACAGGCUGGUCCUAAUUGGCAGGAACCUGGAUAAGGAGAUCAUCAAAGAAGUAUUCAUAGCCACUGUGAGAGAAGAACAAGGAAACAGUUGACAUAAAACUAUAAAGAAAGAUUAAAUGUCUCUUUUGAUUCUGCAAGGAUUUUAUAGGAGAAAAGACUGAAUGACAUGGACUAUUGUAGUUUCUAUAUCCUCUUGCAGUUUAUGCAACAGUUGAACCCUGAAGUCUUCCUAAGAAUUCCAGCUAACCUACUGCUUUAAGAUUAGCUCUUAUGGUCUAGAAUCAAACACAAUUCUCCUUUUUGGAUUUGGCUGAAGCUGUGUCAGCAACAUCAUGUAACUGUGCAGAAAUGGAGAGAGGCAAAAGGCUGUUAUGUUCUACAUGAAGCAUUACUGUAAGGGUAUGGGAGACAUGUUUGAAGCCUAGUGCUUUCUUUUGCUAACUCUCUUCCACUGGGAAUGAAGCAAUAGUGAUUAUUGCCAGUGAUGUAAUCACAGUACAAAAUGUUUAGUGUUUACUAUUAAACUGUCUUCCAUCUCUUUCCA